AAUGUUUAUCGUCCGGACAACCCAGCCAGUCUCUCUAGAGCAGGUGUGUGAUCUCUGUGCCCUGCAGUGGUCAGAAUAUGGAGAACUUCUCACUCCUCAGCAUCUCUGGACCUCAAAUCUCUUCCUCCACCCUGAGUGCCUUUCCCGAUAUUAUGUCCUCUCGUGCCACCAGCCUGUCAGACAUUACAAAGACAACGGUGCCCACGGAGGCAUCCAGCCCAGCGCAGGCCCUGCCACCCCAGUACCAAAGCAUCACGGUCCAGCAAGGGGUGCAAAAUACAGUGCUCUCACCAGGCUACAGCUUCGGGAACAUCCAGCACGGGGAGCAGCUGAGGCGAAACUGUACCAUCUACAGGCCCUGGUUCUCCCCCUACAGCUACUUCGUGUCUGCAGACAGAGAGUGCCACCUGGAGGCCUACAACUUCCCAGAGGAGCAGCAGGAUGAGGGCAAGUGGGACAAUGGCCUUUCUGAGGACAUGGCUGAGAGCAUCUGUUCGUCCUCUUCCUCCACAGAGAACACUUGCCCCCGAGAAGUCACCAAGAAAUUCAGACAUGGCCUGGACUCCAUCACAUCCCAGGACAUCCUAAUGGCUUCCAGGUGGUACUCAGCACCGCAGAAUGGCUACAAGUGCGUGGCCUGCUGCCGCAUGUACCCCACCCUGGACUUCCUCAAGAGUCACAUCAAGGGGGGCUUCAGGGAAGGCUUCAGCUGCAAGGUGUAUUACCGUAAGCUCAAAGCCCUCUGGAGCAAGGAGCAGAAGGCUCUACUGGGAGAUAGGCUCUCCUUAGGCAGCUGCCAGGCCUUCAAGUAGUCCUGUUGAACACCUUAGGCAAAUUGGCAGUGAAGCCAACUUAUGUCUAUAGAGAGAUGCCAAUAAAGUUAGUCACAGCCUUC